GCUGAAUAUUGGGUAUUGAAGCUUUUCGUGGCUCACAUCUCAUUUUUCACGCUACUGUGUUUAGGUCUCCUCAUUCAGCUGGAUUCUGCAAAAUGGAGGUGGUUCAGCGCCACUCUGUACACACGCUUGUUUUCCGCUCUCUCAAAAGAACACAUGAUAUGUUUGAAGCUGAUCAAAGUCGUCUUCCGGAAGUUGAUGAGAAAAGUAAUUCAUUAAAAGUCGCCAUCAAAGCAAAAGAUCAAUAUGGACCUGUGCUUAAGGAGCCUGGUCACAAUCCACUAAGGCCUAAAGAAAAUAUCUCUGACACGUCACAACCGGGAGCUAUUGUCCCAUCUGAAAAGGUUAAACCAAAGUCUGCAAUUGAACAAAACGCUUCUAUAGUUCAAAUAGGUAAUGAAAAAUUGCUACUUCCAAAGAAAGCUCCGACUAUGCCCAAGCCCACAUGGCAUCCACCAUGGAAACUAUGUAGAGUCGUUAGUGGUCACACAGGAUGGGUGCGCUGUGUGGCUUUUGAUCCUACUAAUGAUUUCUUUGUUACUGGCGCGGCAGAUCGGAUGAUCAAGGUUUGGGACUUUGCUAGUGGGACAUUAAAACUGACACUGACAGGUCACAUAAGUACUGUUAGAGGUGUCGUUGUCAGUGCUCGUCAUCCUUACUUAUUUUCAUGUGGAGAAGAUAAAACAGUUCGUUGUUGGGAUUUGGAGCAAAAUAAGGUUAUUCGUCAUUACCAUGGUCAUAUGUCUGCUGUUUACGAUAUUGAUAUCCAUCCAACAAUCGAUGUAGUCCUUACUUGUGGUCGGGAUGCUACUGCACGAGUAUGGGACAUGCGAACCAAAGUCAAUGUUCAUACUCUAACAGGACAUUCGAACACAGUAGCAACAGUACGUUGUCAAGAAUCUGAUCCUCAAGUGAUUACUGGAUCACAUGAUGCAACUGUCCGCCUUUGGGACUUGGCAGCAGGACGUACCAUAGCCUGUUUGACAAAUCACAAGAAAUCUGUCCGAGCUGUAUGUAUCCAUCCAACUCAGAAUGCAUUUGUUUCUGGAUCACCGGAUAAUAUAAAACAAUGGAAACUCCCCAAUGGUGUCUUUCUUCAGAAUCUAUCUGGACAUAAUGCUAUCAUUAAUGCCAUCACUGUUAACCAAGAUAAUGUGGUCGUCAGUGGAGGCGAUAAUGGCAGUGUUCACUUUUGGGAUUGGAAAUCUGGGUAUAACUUUCAGCGUCUUCAAGCUCAAGUUCAGCCUGGCAGUAUUGAUUCUGAAGCUGGAAUAUUUGCUUUAGCAUUUGAUCGUAGUGGAUCUCGCUUGGUGUCCUGUGAAGCAGACAAAUCAAUAAAGAUCUUCAAAGAAGAUGAAUCAGCGACGGAAGAAACACACCCGCUGUACUGGCGCCCGGGCUUGCUGAAAAAAUCGAAAUACUAAUCCACCUAACCCACUUAACAUUUCAACAACAAUAUGUAUAGUAUGUUUCUAUUAAAGAAUUUAUCUUACUAAAUACAAUCGAUUUAGAUCUUUGAUUAUCUUAGUGGUUCGGUUUAGUGGAUUUAUUUAAGACCAUAAACCGUUAUGGACACCAACUAGUAGCUUUCAAAUUCAAAGCACCUAGAAACCCAUUACUCUAAACGAGUUUCACCAUAACCAAUUCCACAUUUACAUGUACAUGUAUUGAAUUAUUCGACCUUAUAUCUUAGCGACUGACAUCUGUGCCUAGCUUAUUUUGGAAAAAUGAUAGAAUUAAUAGAAGAUAUUUUUGUAAUAAAAUCUGUCAGUGUUUUUCUCAUGAAGAAAUAAUAAACGGGGAUUACUGCGUUAGUUUUAUCUUUUUACAAGGUAAUUCAUCUUCUACACAACUAGCUUCGUCUGUAGAUUGUUUAUUUACAGUAGGUUUAACAACGAUAGAAGAUACAUUUGGCAUAGAC